AUGGAUAAGAGUUGGAUGACACUAAUUAGGGAUAUAUUAAGUCUGCGGUAUCAGGCCGGAGUUGAUGCUUUUAUUGAAUUUGCAAAAGUAAAUGCAGGCGGGCGUAGCAUGAUUCGGUGUCCAUGCAACAAAUGCAUGAAUCUUGAUUGGCGUGAAUUUGGUAGUGUGCAAGAUCAUUUGGUUCGAUAUGGGAUUAUGGUAUCCUAUAAGAUUUGGUUGCACCAUGGAGAAUUGCCUGAUAAUCAACAUGGUGAUUCCGGUGAUGACAGGGAUGAGAACGAUGAUGAUAACAAAGAUGAGUAUCCAGAAUUAAUGGAAGACCAUUACAGAGAAACUUAUAUGGAAGAUGAUGAUGUAGAGAUGGAUCAUGAUGUUCGAAACUUCAAAAAAUUACUAGAAGCUUCCCAGCGUGAAAUGUAUCCUGGUUGCAAAAACUUCACUUUGUUGGCAUUUGUUGUCAAGAUGCUUCAUGUGAAAGUUAAGAAUAGAUGGAGUAAUAAGUCAUUCGACAUGAUUUUACAGAUAUUUAUGGACUUAUUGCCAGAGGGUCAUUUGGUUCCGGGGUCAAUUUAUGAAACGAAGAAGUUGUUGCGUGAUCUGGGCAUGGGAUAUGAGCAUAUCGAUGCAUGCCAACAUGAUUGUGUACUGUUUUGGAAGGAGAACUCGCACCUAAUAAAGUGUCCUGUAUGUGGGGAGUCUAGCUACAAGUUCAUUGGUGGAAAUGGUAUGAAGAUCCCUCGUAAGGUGUUGCAUUACUUUCCGUUAACUCCGAGGUUGCGGAGGCUGUACAUGUCUAGGAAAACGGCCACAGAGAUGAGAUGGUAUAGGGAUAAACGUGUAGAUGACGGGAUUGUGAGACAUCCGGCUGACACUGAGGAGUGGAAGGAAUUUGAUCUUAUUCAUCCUGAGUUUGCAAAAGAGAUCCGCAAUGUAAGGCUGGGACUGGCUAGUGAUGGGUUCAACCCUUUUGGGAACAUGAGCAAUGCCUAUAGUAUGUGGCCAGUCAUACUUAUGCCUUACAACUUGCCACCCUGGUUGUGUAUGAAAGAAUCUUUUUUCAUGAUGUCCUUACUUAUUCUUGGACCACAUGCACCAGGGAACGACAUUGAUGUUUUCUUGAGGCCUUUGGUCGACGAGUUGAAGGAGUUGUGGGACAAUGGGGUAGUAACUUAUGAUGCCUCCAAAAAACAGAUCUUCCGGAUGCAUGCGGCUAUAUUGUGGACCAUUAAUGACUUUCCUGCAUAUGGUAACUUGUCUGGGUGGAGCACAAAAGGCUAUUGUUUUCCUCUACUCAUUUAA